GAAGAAGAAGAAGAGGAGGAUCAGAUCGACGCGACAGACAGACAGACAUGUCUCUGCUGACUGAAGAUGCCCAGGGCCCGACAGGAAGUACCAAGAUGGAGGAUGAGACGGUGAGGUCGGCCAUCAUGGAGCCGAACACGCUGCAGUGGCCCGGAGACAGACAGACAGGUGGACAGACAGGUAGAGGAGACAGGAUGAGUGUGAGGUCAGACGUGUCUCUUCGAGAGGCAGCGAGUUGGACAGAAAGCGAGAGAGGACUGAUGGCAGAGAGGGAGGGGGCGGGGCCAAAGACUCACCUGGAGGCGGAGCCUGUAGAGAACCACCUGCCGGAGAAAGCCGCUCAGGUGUUCAGCCCCGCGGUCACCGUCCUCUACUCCCCGUCCUCGCCCAGGGACAGCGAGGCAUUCUGGGAAAUGGAGUCGGAGAAGAGUCCCUUCCUGGGUCCCCAGGGAGACCCACAGGACUACAACCAAGAUGGCUACCAGUACGAGUGGCCCGUGGACACGCCCCCUAACGCAUGUGGGCGGGGCUGUCCCAGCCGUGAUGUCCUGAAGGUGGGCGUGUCCCUGAUGACAUCACUGCUGUUCUUCCCCCUCCUGGUAUGGGGGGGUUUUGUCUUCCUCCCGUUCGACGCCCCCUUGCUGGACGGCCCCGCCCUCAGACUUGUGUACACGCUGCGCUGCUCCGUGUUCGCCGCCGCGCCCGUCGUCCUCGGUUGGCUGGUCCUCGGCGUUAGUCGUCUCCGGGCCGGAGCGUUCCGCCCUCUGUUAGAUGACGACGAGAAGGAGGCGGAGCUUCACGAGGUCGCCGUCCAUCGACGCUUCGUCUCUGACUCCGCCUCCUUGUUCCUGAUCUACUUCCUGCAGCUGGUCGUCAUGGCGAUGUACCUCAGCCAGGAGCAACUGAAGCUCGUCCCUCUGAUGACGGUUGUGUUCGCCCUGGGGAGGCUGGUUUACUGGGUGGCUGCAGCGUUCAGCAGCAGUAUCCGGGGCUUCGGGUUCGGACUCUCCUUCCUGCCGAGUGUCGCCAUGAUGGCGGCUAACUUCUACUUCAUCUUCACUGUUGAGGCGUCGGGCUCCGUCUUCAGCCGCCCGUCUCCUCCCGAGGAGGUGCUGACUCCCACCAUUGGCAAACAGAGGUUCUGGGGAUGAGAGCUGAUCACUAAACGAUAAACUUCCUCAGAAUUAAAUAUUUCUCAUCAACUUUAUUUUUUAAAAAUUUAAAACAGAAAAAACUAAGAAAAUAAAAAUGUUUGUUCUUUGAUAAACUUAUAUUCUUAUGAAAUGUUUAAAGAGAAAUGACCCCAGCUGGUCAUUGUAUAGCCCUGCCCACUCGUUUCUGUUUUGUCUUUAUGAAGCAGUUUGUCAAAACUUCCUGUUUGUUCAUGACUUCCUGUUUAUGUUCACG